GGACAGUCCCGCUCCGCCCUCUACUGCAGCGGAACUUAAAUUCGCUUCGCCUGCCAUGCCUGCUUUCUCGGACAGCAUAAUCUCUGGGGUUCUCAACCAGGUCGAAUCAGUUGGUCAGUCCGCCUGGCAGGAUAAACCACAAACAACCGCGCAAAACCAACACAAUGCCACCCACGCUGUUCCCCGGAAAUGUCUCAGGCACCAUGAAUGGCGUUUUGCCCUCGCCGUCUAGCCUAAAUUCACGUCCAACCUUUUCUAGCAGCGAGCAGGAAGAUUGGCUAGCAAAAGAAGACCGGAUAGAUGUGAACAAAGUGAGGCAGCGGACAUACAGCGACAACAGCGAAAAGGGCCAGGAUUGGGUGUGGACACUGUGGUGUAGGUUCUGUGAAGAAACAAAACGAGAGCCGACCGAGCUCAUGGUGCAAGAUAAUCUUUCAAUCGCAACGCUCUAUAAUUUUUGGGACUAUACGCUCGAGAAACGCCGCAAGCACAUCGAAGCCGCGUCUACUCUACAGACUUACUGGAAUAUUUGGACCACUGAACGGCGUAAGAGGACUGAUCGCUCCCUUCCAAGUGCUAUCAAAGACGGCAUGAUUGGGGUUCGGGAUCAGCUGGUCAGGAAAUACGAUCUGAGGACCGAUUCGAAGCAACGACCGCACGCACGCUCGGAGGACGUAUUCGAGCUGCAGAUGACUUUGUGGAUGACGGGUGGGGAGCCAUGGGAUCCACUGCAGCUUGCCGUGUUUAUGCUGCUGGCUGGGCCGACCGCCCACCGACGGACGGCUUUGCUCACACUCCGGCAUUGUGAUAUCUUCCUAACCUUGUUGCCUGACCCUAGCUCCCAGGAUUGGCCGCAGAUGGUCGUGGAAAUCCAGCCGGAUAAGACGAAGAGAUAUCGCAGUCGUAAGAAGCGGACACCCAAGAUUGCUCUGCUGGAGGUGCCUGGUGAAACAUGCCUUUUCCUCUGCCCGAAAACAUUCCUUCUUGGUUUGCUUCUACGGAAGGGGGCGUUUCGUCACAUGGGAAUUGUGUCGGCUGAACAGCUAGAUAAUCUGAGAAUCCCACCAGACGCGCGCGAACUUCCCCUGAAGCUUGCGGAUCCAGAGUCAUUGCUUUUUGAUAUGACACAGGACAUGCUGGACUCGUAUUUAGAACGGCUCGGAGAGCUAACUGGUUACGACCACAGAGUCACUUCAAAAUGGUUUCGCCGGGGGGCCGGUGAGGCAGUCAACAGUAGCACGGAGAUCAGUGAAGCGCAACAAAAUCUACUAAUGCAGCACAGGACGGGUACUGUGUAUCAGGAUAACUAUGCCCCCGAUCAUCUGCCAGGUGAUGUGUAUUCCGCGUGGAGAGGCCAGGCACCGCAGCGGGAGAUCGUGAGGAUGACGAGCGGCCAGAGCCGGACCAUUCGCAAGGAUCGACCUGUUGACUUGACGGACGCACAGAAGGCAGAAGCAAUGAACGACCCAGACGUGCAACGACAUUUAAAACGUUGGCUGGCAUGCAAGGCCAGUCUGAGAGUGGAAUACGGCAGCUUUUCCAGGGCAGAGGGGACCAAGCAUUACCAAGAAGCUCUCCAGCAGCGGAAUAAGUACCACACGGCCAUUAGAGUGGCAAAAAAAGCCAAGAAACGAGAGGUACGGGCUCUCUUUAAUGAAGAACAGCCUGUAGCCGACGUUUGGCGGCAGGUACAUGGCCUUCCAUUCAAAGCUGCAAGCCAACAAAUCUCAAAUACAAUCUGUCCGGAACAAUGUCGUGCGUUCGAGUUGGUUUUUCGGUUCGCGCCUGAGUCGUCCCAAGAUAAUCGUCGCUGUCGUGCAGCUGUGAGCAAUGCUCUUUCUCAAGUAAACAAUCGCAGCACCCCUUCCCAUGGCCAGACAGCCUCUCGCCAAUCAUUACCUCUCUGGCCGAGCGACACGAAUUCCCCCUAUCAGAUGAACAAUUUUGAGAGAAGACAAUGCCCGUGGUGCGUGAGAACAAAACUUUUCAAGAACUCUUUUUCUCUUAGGCGGCAUAUCAAUCGUCGUCAUUCCGAAAAGCCAAAUCAGAUAUAGCCUACGCCCAAUCCUGUUGGUUCACAAGGCAAUAUCUUCCCUUGCUCUUAUAUCUUUCUUUUU